CUGUAUGUCCGAUCCACACUGAUCUCGACCACUGAUAACCUGAAUUUGCUGACACAAAAGGCCGCGCGCUAUGCGAGAUGAGAUGGGUAAACUGAUCGCAUCUCAAUUCAGUCGCUCUCUCCCCACCCACUGAUCACGGAAGCCACUUCUCGCCGGAACUGGUUGCGUUCUCGCGUCUUGUUCAAAACUUGGAAGAUUGAAAAUGGGAUACUCGACGGACAACAACUCUCGGACCGUUGUCCUGUGUGGAAUUUUGCUUGCCCUUACAGCAAGCCUGGUCGCCCUGAUCAUCGGGUCAGUUAGCCUUGCCAAGUCAAGUCAUAGUAUCGUGCAGAUGAGCGAUCUUACAGAGCAAUGGUACCGGACACAAGAAGAGAAGGCGUGGACCAUUGCAAUCGGAGAUUUUGGUGUCAACCUUGAGUAUCUGGACGAGGCGUCUUAUCAGAUUAAAGGAUACAACAUUGAUGUGGUCGAAGCAGUCUGUCGGCUCGCUAAUAAGACAUGCGUUCUCAUGAAGGACGUCAACCAACGGUGUUGGGAUUCGGAACCAGGCCAGCAGGCACGGGGAGGAGAGGGAUUGCUGUCCGGUUGGUACGAUGCGUGCACAGGUUGGGUUAAAACCUACCCCAGAAGUUUAACUUUUGACUUUACCCGAGCCUUUGUGAAAAGAAAGGACGUAGCCCUCUACGCUCCGAGAUCAUCGACCAUCAACUUUCGUAAUCUAACUGGACUCAAUGUCGGCUUCAUCGACGGAUGGGCCUCGGAUGAACAUUGCUUAGCUAGAUAUGACGCUGAUAGUAUUUUGGGUGCUAGCGUUCCAUCUGAUCGCAUUCAUCAUUUUUCUACUGGACUCGAACUGAUUCAAGCAUUGACGAAUGGCCAGAUCGACGUAGCCUUUGCUAUUAAGCUGCCCCAACUCGAAGCCGGAUUCCAGCGCCUCACGCCAAACGACUUCGCGAAUAAUUGCUACCUGGAUGGAGCCGGUAUGAUGACCCGGAAGGACAACACAGAGUUUUUGACCUGGUGGAACGAUGCCUUUGGACGUCUGGUUGGAACGCCCGCUUAUGACGAAAUCUGCACGAGACUCAAGACUGUACAUGGACACAAACCCGGAUCUGGGGCAAGAGAUGUUUGUAUUGGAUACUAGAAACCCAUUGAUUCAUCAACGUCACGUCUUUGAAGCUUUCCUAUCGGUCAACGGAUGCUUUUGUGACUGAGAAAUUGACUAUUGAACCAUUCAAUUCUGAGGUCUCGUCGGUCCUUCAAUUUUUUACGACUGCUUUCGGGUUGUGGUAGCUAGCGUUGUCAUGGUUGUGGUGACAACGACAACAUGAAACAGGUCGAAUUGGUCACGCGAUUCUCUUUCAGUAUAAGUAAGGAGAGUACCUCUUCGUCCUAAAUCCCGAAAUACUUUAUUCGCAGGACGAAAAAAAAUUAACCCAACGACACAUUCACAAGUGU